CAAAACCACUUUUUUUCGCUGGUCGUGUGCGCCAUGAAUGGUCGGCUCAGCCACCAUCUGCGUUUUCGUGUCUUGUUUGCUUGCUGCAAAUUUUUUAAUUUUGGAGAAUUUGAAGACUUUUCAUCUUCAUUUUGCCUCCUUUCUCCUCUCUACCUGCCUGUGCCGGUGGAGCCCAUCUCUCUACAAGACAUAUCAUGUAAUUAUUCAUAAUUCGUUGAUAUGUUUCUUUUUUUGCAAUCAAUCAGGGUAAAGCCCUGGGCCCUCUCUCCUUGCAGCUUCUAGUCUAGGCUGUAAUGAGUGUGUGUGACUUAGUGCUGAUACAGCCUGUGUCGCCAUCUCACCGGCCAGCCAGUGGGUCGGGUCUGGCGUGAGCUCUCUGCCAAUCACGUGUGU